CUUUUGCAACGCACGUCACCAUACCCGACUUUUAUUUUGAAGGCGAGGUUUCCUGCUGCUUGGUGCUUCUCGGCUAACGUCAGAAACAAGUCAGCGACUCUAGUUUCUGUUAGCAGGCAGAUCCUAAAGCCAUGGCAGCAUCCCCAGCCAUCCUGAGCAGACGUGCAGCUGGCAGCAGCUGCUGUAGGCUGUGGUGUGGCGUUACCCGACCGCUUGUCCACAUCAGAUCAGCCCGUGCAACUGAGCCUGGGGCAAGAAAACGUGAUGAAGAACAUCUGUGGGAGGCAGCAUCAGAUGCAGCAGGUUACCUGCCUUUCAGCAGAGCCAGCGUGGGAUCUUUCUUUCAGGGCCAGCCAGUCCUGAAGAAUCCAUUUCUGGAGGAUGUCUUGCUUAGGGGAUACCUAAAGAGACACCUGCCACAGGAGGCUGUUUGGUCUGACUUGAAUGCAUUUGGAGAGCGCGUGGCAAAAGAAAUAGACAUUUGGGGUAGAGAGUGUGAGCUUAACCCUCCUCGGCUAGUGCAUUUUGAUCCCUGGGGUCAGAGAGUGGACCACAUCGUGACCUCUGCAGCCUGGAAACGCCUCAAGGACCUCUCAGCACAGGAAGGACUGGUUGCCAUUGGCUACGAAAAGUCUUUUGGGGAGUGGAGUCGUGUUUACCAGAUGAGCAAGUUGUACAUUUUCUCCCCCUCGUCUGGUCUCUACACCUGUCCUCUUGCCAUGACAGAUGGAGCUGCAAAGGUCAUCCAAUCUACAGGUGUUUCACUGCCAGUGGAGGAAGCCUACGGUCGCUUGAUCAGCCGUCAGCCUGAACGUUUCUGGACGUCUGGACAGUGGAUGACUGAGAGACAGGGAGGAUCAGAUGUGGGCACCGGCACGGAGACGGUGGCCGUUCCCCAAACAGAUGGAUCCUAUAAACUACACGGCUUCAAGUGGUUCACGUCGGCCACAGACGCAGACAUGACUCUCACCUUGGCAAGAGUUCAGGACAGAUCGGGAUCAACAACACCCGGUAGCAGGGGCUUGUCUCUCUUUUACGCAGAGGUGAGUCGAGGUGAGGACGGCCGACUGCAGGGCAUUGAAGUUCAGAGACUGAAGGACAAGCUGGGGACACGACAGAUGCCAACUGCUGAGCUGCUCCUGGAUGGCCUGCCUGCAUAUAGACUCUCAGAAGAAGGCAGAGGCGUGGCCUCCAUAGCGAACAUGCUGACAAUAACCAGGAUUCACAACAGCGUUUCUGCAGCCGCUGCAAUGAGAAGAGUGGUCCAGUUGGCGCGUGACUAUGCCACCCGCCGCACUGCCUUUGGAAAGCUUCUUAAAGACCACCCACUGCAUAUGCAGACUCUUGCAAGGAUGGAGGUGGAGACUCGUGCAGCUUUUCUUCUGGUGAUGGAUGUGUGUCGUCUGUUGGGCCGAGAGGAGAGCGGCCUUGCCAGCCAGCUCGAUGUGCACCUCCUUCGUCUGCUCACCCCUGUGGUUAAACUGUACACUGGGAAGCAGGCUGUGGCUGUAGUAUCUGAAGGUCUGGAAAGCUUUGGUGGACAGGGAUACAUUGAAGAUACUGGGCUGCCUGGAAUACUCCGCGAUGCACAGGUGUUGAGUAUAUGGGAAGGAACAACAAAUGUUUUGUCCCUGGAUGUGCUGCGCUGCGUAGCUCGUAGUUCAGGAAUGGUUCUGCAUGCUUACUUCACACACAUCAAGGCACUGCUUGCAGGUGCCUCGGGUGUUUCCUCAAUGGCCCCAGCCGUGAAAGCAGUCGGUGAUGCUCUGUCUGAACUGGAGCAGUUUGUUCAGAUAGCAGCUUCCAGAUCACCCAGUUACCUGGAACUGGCAGCCAGAGAUCUGGGAUAUAGCCUGGCUCGCAUUUACGCAGGUGCCCUCCUGAUUGACCAUGCAUCCUGGAAGGAUGCCUCCUCACAUGACAAACAUGCAGCUCUCAGAUGGUGCGAACAGGAGAUGUGUCUCGUGGCAUCUAAGCAGAAGAGAGGCUGCUAUGAUUCCAGCACUGCAUCCCUGGAUGCUGCGUUGGUUUUUGAUCAGCUGAUUCAAGACUGAACAAGCUCCGGAUCCUGAUGAGUUUAUGGUCUAAUCUGAUUUAGCCCGUGUUGCUGAGUUUCACUAUUUUUUGGGGUGAAGUGGGAACGUGUCUAUUAAUAAAGAAAAUCUUGCCUUUAAUAAGCACCACAAGAAUUAUGUUCUAGAUUAAAAUAUGUUUCUGCUUC